AUGCGAUGUUGCAGGCGACUAGCAAUAAUAUCUAAAGAUCCUCAAGUGAAGGCUGCAUGGAUUAUUUAUCAAUUUGGAGUUGCACAUUGCCUCUUUUAUGCUGUAAAACUAGGACCCUCUUAUUUGGACGUAGCUGUUGCGCAGGCAAUAAUCUCCCAAGGUGGUAUACUUUCAAGAUAUUUUGUUCAACGACUUCAUAUGAAUUUCGGUGCUUCUGAUGAAAAAUUGAUAGAAUUAAAAGCUGCUCAUGGUAUAGGUUCAUCACAAUCUCAAGAUCCGCAAAAUAUUCCCUGGGCGAGCAAUCUGCCUAUCAAUCCUGACAUUAAAACUAUUAAUGCGCGAUUAACCGAAUUAAUUGAAAUCGGAUUUCAAUUAAAUCAUCAAGUCAUUCUUGACAUCCUUCUUGUUUUCGAAAAAAGAUUAGAAGAAAUUGGCAAAAUCUUAAUAGAAUCGUUCGCUGAAACAAGACACGAAUCACUCCACUGCAAUUAA